GGUUUGUCAAACGGCGAGAAGUUGAAGCAUUUGGUUCAGCCGUCGCAGCGGUUAUAUCAGCUGAUAGUGAAUGCUCUGAAACUCGAAGGAGACUCUCCAUUGAGUGACGAUAGCAUUCACGCCAUGAAUCUAAUAGAUCUCGACUUCGAUGCUGAUCGCAAUUCUGGCUCUUCUCGGGCCAGUCUGUACGACAGCUCCGCCACCAAAGACUACUUCAGGAGUCGGUCGUACUCUCCCGACAUUGAAGUGAUGCCACAACUAUCCUCUCACCGAAUGCUAGACAUGGGACGCAUGAUAUCAAAGACGUCGCCAAUGGCUGAACCGCUGCACAGCCGGAACAGUAUGAGUAACGACACACUGGCGUUGAGGUCGACCCCCGAUAUCCCCAUUUCGCCAUUCGCUCAACACGUUGCCACUAAUUCGAUGAACGGCUUGCGAUCCGUGACUCCUAACGCGGCCGAUAUGGGCGGACAGACCGGUCUCCUGGGAAACCCAUCCCAACAAAUAGAUUUUAGUGAUCUCUUAACGCAAAUAAAUUUGGCUCAAUUGGUGUAUAUGAACGCCGACCCCACGGCGUCUGUGGCCUCCUCUUCAGCCAAUACGCCGUCUCCCACUCCUAUCACCCCUUCAGUGCCUUUAGAGAACGGGGGGUUUGUGUUGAAUGAGGCGGCCAUCAAAAACAUCAGUCAGUUGGCCAAACUCAGCGAAGUCCAGAACGGAUUAGCAAUGACUAACUCCACGUCCCCGACCUCCAUGUCCUCAACUCUGGGUCGAAGCUCUUCUAACUCCGGAUCCAAACCUAAUGUCAUGCAAAUACGCUUCAAGUUUGGACAACUCGGUCAACAAAAGGGUCAGUUCUCGUCCCCUCACGGCUUCUGCUUAGGAGUGGACGAGGAGAUAGUGAUCGCCGACACUAACAAUCACCGCAUCUGUAUCUUCGAUAAAACAGCCGAAUUUAAGCACUCGUUUGGAGUCCCAGGUAAGGAUGAGGCACAGCUCUGGUAUCCCAGAAAGGUUGCAAUAAUCCGGACGGCAAUGGGUGGGAGCGGUACUGCGGCGCCGCGUUAUGUGAUAUGCGACAGAGGGGCUGAACGCAGUCGGAUGCAGAUCUUCACCCGUUCCGGUCAUUUCGUUCGCAAAAUAGCCAUUCGUUAUAUCGAUAUCGUUGCCGGACUGGCCAUCACUCCCAACGGACAUAUCGUUGCUGUGGACUCGGUCUCGCCGACAGUCUUUGUCAUCGCGGAGUCCGGAGAUCUUCUCCGAUGGUUUGAUUGCUCGGAGUAUAUGCGGGAACCGUCGGACAUCGCCAUCAAUAACCACGAGUACUACAUCUGCGACUUCAAGGGUCACUGUGUGGUGGUGUUCAACGACGAGGGCCAGUAUAUGCGCAAAAUCGGUUGUGAAGGGCUGACCAGUUUCCCCAACGGGAUCGACAUCUCGGACGCGGGCGACAUACUGGUGGGCGACUCGCACGGCAAUCGGUUCCAUGUGGUGGUGUUCGACCGGUCGGGCACUUUGAUCAGCGAAUUCGAGUGUCCGUACGUUAAGGUCUCGCGAUGUUGUGGACUCAAGAUCACCAGCGAAGGCUAUGUCGUGACGUUAGCCAAAAACAAUCAUCACGUCCUCGUCCUCAACACUCUCUACAUUAUGUGAGUCAACACCACAACCGCAACAACACUUCAAACAAAUGUCUAAUAUAUGAAUACAAAACAAAGUGAAACGUCGAUCAAUACAACGAUUUGUAGUCAAGUUUCGUAAUCUAUUUUUUAAAUGAUUUCAAUUUUAAAUCCUAUACUUUGGGUCCAUAUUUAGAAACAAAACGAGAUAUUUUUAGUCAAAAGCAAUAUUAAGUUUUUAUGUGUUAUUGAAAAGCA